UUGCUGUUUAUUUUCUGUUUCUCCAGAGGGAAGAUGAGGCCCACCGUCCCACUUCUCCUCCUGGCUCUGCUGGCCGCUGCCAGGCCGACCCCAGCCCAGGUAAAGACUUCUCUUCUGGAUCUGUCCAGGAUCCUUCCCAGCCUGAGCCGGCCGGCAAACCACAGCCGCAUCUUCUACGCGGUGAUGUUCGAUGCGGGCAGUACGGGGACCCGCAUUCACGUGUACACCUUCAUCCACAGCGACGCGGAGAAGCUGCCUGUUUUGGACAAUGAGAUGUUCCACUCUGUUAAGCCUGGUUUGUCAGCUUAUGUUGACUCCCCUGAAAUGGCAGGACAAACAGUAAGGGUGCUGUUAAAGGUGGCCAGGAAGACUGUGCCUCGCUUGGACUGGAAGAGAACCCCCCUGGUGCUCAGAGCCACCGCUGGACUACGGCUGCUGCCCGCAGAGAAGGCCCAGGCUCUUCUGGAGCAGGUUCAGCAUGUGUUUCACGAAUCUCCCUUUCUGGUCCCAGACAACAGCGUCAGCAUUAUGAACGGCACAAGCGAAGGUAACUUCCGCCCGCCCUCUGUCCCGACAACCAGCUCAUUCAUCCCCUGUCCCAUCCGCUGGUGUCCCCCUACAGGAGUCCUGGCUUGGAUUUCUGUGAACUUCCUCACAGGCGAGUACUGUCAUCUGAGGCCACAAACCAAGAAGACGGUGGGAAUACUAGAUUUGGGAGGGGGAUCCACACAGAUCACUUUCCUUCCAAAGCUGAGGAAAACUAUCGAAAGUGCUCCUGUUGAUGAUUAUGUUGCCAGAUUUGAAAUUUUCAACUCAACAUUGGAACUGUACACUCACAGUUAUCUAGGAAAUGGACUGAUGAUGGGCCGACUGGCCACGCUGGGCGCUCGGGGUGGGGGGGGUGCUGGACCUGACGCAAACAGCACUGAUCUGCCACCAGCUGCGGGGUCGGAGACCAAGAUUUUUAACAGUUCCUGCCUGCCCAGUAAGUUCAGAGAUGAGUGGAGCUUUGGAGGGCAAACUUAUCAAGUGAGCGGGAACCCAGACGGUGAUGCAGGGUACAAGCAUUGUUAUCAGGAAAUACUUAAGGUGGUGGACGGGGCUAUUCAUCAGCCGUACAAGCUGGAAGACGGCAGCUUUUUCUACGCAUUCUCCUAUUACUUCGACAGAGCUGUGGACGCAGGCCUUAUCGAUGAUGUCCAAGGAGGGAUUCUGCAGGUCAGAGACUUCAAGAAGAGAGCCAAAGAGGUGUGCAAUAAGAUGGCCAAGGACCCAACCACCAGCCCCUUCCUGUGCCUGGACAUGACCUACAUCACGUGUCUACUCAAGGAUGGGUUUGGCUUCAAGGAAAGCACCACGCUACAGCUGACCAAGAAAGUGAAAAACGUGGAGGCCAGCUGGGCUCUGGGUGCCACGUUGGACCACUUUCACAACCUCAAGAUCCACUGA